AUGGUAGCCGGUCAGCUACAAGAACCCGGACCAAUGCCUCUGUACGUUCUUCUCGUUCUCGUUAUUGGUAUAUGUUUCUACUUCUUCUUCAUAGGUACCGCUGCAGUCAGGCUUUGGUUCUAUAAGGGCGCUCUCGGUCCUGCGCCAGAGAAGUUCCUCGUCGUCAAGAUCGAGCAUGAGGAUGCACAGCAACAUGCUCCGAUGGCCGACAACCACAGCGGAGCCGGCACACACAGCAACGCCAUGAAGCACCGACGCAUGACCGUCUUCACACAUGCCUCAUUAUCAGCACUAUCUGACGACACCGCUCAUACUACCGCGCUCGAACCACAUGGUUUCUCACAAGCAACGACGAUGGUGAAUCUCCAAGAUAUCGAUGAGGAAGACCUAUCCUCAUUCACAAAUCCUGGAACCCGCGCCUAUAUAGCAGAAGAAUGCCGCCUGUCCCGCAUGCCUGCCUUUGACGCAGAUGACUGCGGAAACGGCGACUACUUCCCUGACCUCCCUUACACAAACAACCCUAUCGAAUCUACUUCUGCUUGCUCCGACUAUCUCCAACCCUCACAACUAGGGCUUACCUCAACGGACUGGCGCGACUGGCUAGCCAUUGAUGAACAUUACAUUGAGUACCACGCCGCGCGCACUCACCUCCUAUCGCGCAACCGAUCAUCUUGUAUACACCUCACUCCCGACAGCGAAUCCGCGUGUCGCGAGCUGCUGCAAGAAAUUGCCUCCUACCUCGUCGAACAGCACCCUAACAAAUUCAGCUUCAAGACUAAACAUCGUAGGAAGCAUAUUCUGAAUGAACUGACGAGAGAAGAUUUCGAAUUAGAGGGUGGGUUGGAGGCACAUCCAUUGGAGGUUGUAGCGAGACUGUGCGGAGAAGAUUUUAUGAUCUGGGAGAGAAGUGAGAGUACUAGGAUGUGGUACUUGCAAGCCAGUACAACGCUCUUCCCAUCCGGGUACAUCAUAACGUCCUACAUGGGAAAACCAGUCAAUGUCAUGGUUCGUGGUGAUGAAAACGGGAGACUGCCAAUGUUGCCUUGGUCCACUUUGCCAUCCAUAUUAACCCUCGACCUUCCUACAUUGUCCCGAUACUCCCACACCGGUCCUCUAUCCCUCCACCAAAUUUUCAUUCAAACCCGUCCUCCUCGAUGCUCUCUAGCCUCCACACUCCACAUUCUCCGGCCCAUGGAUUUCUUUGCCGGAAACAUAGCAAAUCUUCACCCUUCUGAGCUACUCGUUCGUACCGAGACGCAAAUGUUUGCGCGUCUACCUAAAUCGGGUGCUGUGAUUGUAACAACACGGACGAGUACUGAGACAAUAAGCGACAUGGUUGAAAGAAUGAAUGUGUGGGAGAAAGAAACCUUUCUGAAGACAGUGAACGGGUGGGGACCUGAGGAAGCGAGGUUCAAGGGGAGAGAGUUGUGGAUUGGGGUUGUGGAACGGUGUUUGAAAGGUCAGAGUGCGUUCAGGGAUGAUAUGACGGUUUGUAGUAGACUGUCGGCUAUGUAA